AUGGAGACCUUGGAUCAGAUGCUUGUGUCAAGCUGGUACAAUGUUCAUUCCUCAGUGCCUCCAUCUUAUGUACAAGCACCAGAAAACAGGCCUGGAAGGGUUAUUAGUUCAUUAGAUAAGACUAUUCCUGUGAUUGAUCUUGGAGGACAUGAUCGUGUCCAUACCACUAAGCAAAUUUUAAAAGCCUCCAUUGACUAUGGCUUUUUUCAGGUGAUCAAUCAUGGAGUUUCCAAGGAUUUAAGGGAAGCAACACUGAACAUUUUCAAAGAAUUUCACGCCAUGGAUCCCAAGGAAAAGGUAAAUGAAUGCUCUAAGGACCCAAAUGGAAGCUGCAGGCUCUAUACAAGUAGUGAGAAUUACAAGAAAGAUGCGAUUCAUUAUUGGAAGGACUCACUAACACACCCUUGUCCUCCAUCAGGUGAAUUUAUGGAGUAUUGGCCUCAGAAACCAUCCAAAUAUCGCGAGGUUGUUGGAAAAUAUACACGAGAAAUGAAGGAACUGGGGCUUAAAAUUUUGGAGCUAAUUAGUGAAGGGUUAGGGCUAAACUCAAAUUAUUUUUGUGGUGGACUGAGUGAAAAUCCAUCAGUGUUAAUUCAUCACUACCCUCCUUGCCCUGAUCCAAGUUUAACACUGGGCUUAGCCAAGCACAGGGAUCCUACCAUUCUCACUAUUCUGCUUCUAGAGGAAGAGAUUCAAGGACUUCAAGUCCUCAAAGACGGUGAAUGGAUUGCUGUUGACCCUUUUCCCAAUGCUUUUGUGGUUAACAUUGGUCUUCUCAUGCAGAUCAUCACUAAUGGAAAGCUUGUGGGUGCUGAACACAGAGCUGUGACAAAUUCAAACAUUGCACGCACAAGUGUUGCCUAUUUUAUGUAUCCAUCAUUUGAAAGCAUCAUAGAGCCUGCACAAGUUUUGAUUAAUGAAAACACUCCACCACUAUAUAAAUCCAUGUCAUUUGGAGAGUUUCGAAGAAGUUUCUUUCAGAAGGGUCCCAAGCUUGAAGAAGAAUUGCAAUUGCAAUAA